CCGGCACCCAUCGCCCCCGCCCCCGGCACCCGUCGCCCUCGCCCGUCCCGUCCCACCGGCAGCACCGGUCGCCACCGGCCCAGCCGGGAUUUCUCGCCGCGCCGGCCGGCCCCCCGCCCUCGCCGCCGGCACCGGGCAGCUGCGGGGCGCCGCGGGUCCUGCGGCUUCUGGGGAGGCGGCCGGGUCCCCGCUACCGGGGGCGAGCCAGAGCCGGGGCACCUCGCGGGCUGCCCCGGGGAGGGGACUGUACUGGCGGGGGCGAGCGGGACGGGCCAGCGGGACCCUCGCCCCCGCCGGGCACGUGGCACGCGGCGCCGGCUGGGCACGAGGCACGAGGGGGGUCCCCGGUGCACCCCGCGGGGGGCCCGGUUCAGCCGGUACCGGCUGCACGGGGUAAAGGAGGGGUGGGGGCUGUCCCGGCGCAUACUGGAGCGGGGUUCCCGGUUCAUCCAGUACUGGCUGCACGUGGCGGGGGCGUCCCGGUGCGCACGGAGCCGGGGGGGGGGACGGGCGGGGGGCGGCCCCUGUGAGCGGGGCUGGGGGGGCGGGCCGGGGGCGGGCGGCCACCGCCUUCCUGCGCGCGCCGCGGCGGAGCAACAGAGCGGGAGCGGCGGCAGGUACCGGGGGGGCGGCUCGCGCUGCUGCGCCCACCGGGGCCAGUAGGGGGCGGGGGACGGCGGGGUCCCGGUGUCCGCGCUCCGCUGCGUCCUCUGUGUGUGCGUGCGUGCGUGCGUGCGUGUCCCCUCCUCCGGUCCCGGGGCCCCGUCCCCUCCCCGCGUCCCGACCCCUCCCGGUCUCCUACAGCCAGGGGCCUCGGCGCCAACGGGGCCCGGGCUCGGCAGCCCCUGUCCCGGGACCGCCGCGCCCCCUCUCCCGGCCCUGUGUCCCUUCCGUCGCCGCACGCCGCCCUGUCCCGGCACCCAGACCCCUGCCCCCCCUGUCGCGUCCCCGCACCCCGUCCCUUGUCCCUCUGCGUCCCCGCACCCCUUUUCCUGUCCCCUGCACCCCGUCCCGUCUGCUGCACUCCAACGCCGGCACCCCCCGGCCCCUCCCUGCAGCCUGUCCCCAGCGUCCCCUCCCAGCACCCAGCCCCCCGUCCCCCACACCCCAUCUUGUCCCCUGCACCCCGUCUCCUGUCCUUGUCCCCUGCGCUCCCUCCCCUGCACCCCAUUUCCUGCACCCUUUCUCCCGUCCCCCUUCCCCUGCACCCCUUAUCCCCCCCUUUACCCCUUCCCCUGCACCCUUUAUCCCCCCUGCACCUCAAGCCCUGCACCCUGUCCCGUGCAUCCCCUGUCCCCUCCCUGCCCCCCCCGUUCCCCGCCCCAGCCGCCCCCGCUGCCCUUUCCCGCACAGUGUCCGGUUGUUCAGCGGGAGGGGGCGGCCGUUACCCGGUCAGGAGCCGGGGGUGGGGGGGGCGGGCGGGCAGCAGUACCGGGGGGGGCCGAUGAAAGGGCCCUUUUCUCUCCACAGCUGUAGUGUUGGGGGGGGGGGGGGCUCAGAAAGCCCCGACUCCUGACGGCGCUGGAUGCAGUGGGGUCCGCGGGUGGGGAUUUGGGGUGGAUGCGGGAAACCCCCUCCACCCCCCCCAGCCCCCCCAGAAUAACCGGGGGGGUCCCGGUGGUCCCGAUGGAGGUAGCGGGGAGGGGGCAACGCCUUCAGAUGCAGGAGAAACUGCGGAUCCUGGAAGAUCUCAACAUGCUUUAUAUCCGUCAGAUCGCCAUUAGCCUCCAGGACACGGAGAUCCAGCGGAAGAUGGAGCGGGAGCUGCGGCUGCGGGAGGGCGCCUGUAAGCUGCUGGCAGCCUGCAGCCGGCGGGAGCAGGCGCUGGAGGCGGCCAAGAGCCUCCUGCUCUGCAACAGCCGCGUCCUGGCCUACAUGGCCGAGCUGCAGCGCAGGAAGGAGGCGCAGGUGCUGCGGGGGACGGCCAGGCGCCCCUCGGAUGCCGGCCCCGCGGACGAGCGUCUGCCCUGCCGCGGCACCGUCUGCGUCUCAGACCUGCGCAUCCCUCUGAUGUGGAAGGACACGGAGUACUUCAGGAACAAGGGCGAGCUGCACCGCUGCGCCGUGUUCUGCCUGCUGCAGCUGGGGGCUGAGAUCCAUGACACCCCCAUGGUGCUGGUGGACCGGACCCUCACUGACAUCUGCUUUGAGAGCGCCGUCCUCUUCUCGGAGGCCGGGCCUGACUUUGAGCUGAAGGUGGAGCUGUACAGCGCAGGGCUGGCAGGGGGGGGGGCGCAGGGCAGCACCCCCAGGAAGCUGGCCACCCGCCUCAGCACCUCCCUGGGACGCUCCGCUGGCAAACGGGUGCGUGCUGCCAUGGACGGGGGUCCCAGCAGCCCCCCAGGGAACGGUGGCACCAGCCCCCUACUGCUGCCGGCCCCCAAUGUGCCGGGCCCCAAGUUCCACCUGCUGGCACAUGCUGUCCUCUCCCUGGCCGAGGUGCAGGACGGGUUCCGCACCCACGACCUCGCCAUCGCCAGCAACGAGGAGAGCUCCUUCUGGCUGCCCCUGUACGGCAGCAUGUGCUGCCGCCUGGUCGCACAGCCCCGCUGCAUGGCCGCCCCCGUCACCAGUGGCUUCCUCCGGCUGCAGCAACCGGGGUCCGAGGCACAGAGCGGGACCCGCCUGUACUGUGUCCUGCACGGCACCGACCUCCUCUGCUACCACAGCCCUGGCGAGGCUGAUGCCGGGCUGGAGCCGGCCCUCACCAUCGCUGUCAACAAGGAGACCCGAAUCCGUGCAACAGAGCGGGAGGGGCGCGGGCAGCCCCACGGUAUGGCUGUCACCAACCGCUACAGUGGCGAGGAGGUGACCCACACGCUGCUGGCUGAGAGCCGAGCCGAGGCGCAGCGAUGGAUGGAGGCCUUCUGGCAGCACUUCUAUGACAUGAGCCAGUGGAAGCAAUGCUGUGACGAGCUGAUGAGGAUCGAGGUACCACAGCCGCGCCGGCCACCCGCCAUGCUGCCCCGGCAGGGCUCACUCUACCACGAGAUGGCUAUUGAUCCAGCCGACGACAUUGAGGCAGUGACGGACAUCCUGACGCGGCGAGCGGGGGGCCGAGCGCCAGGGACCCCCCCGUGGCUCUCCCUUUUCGAGGGGCCCCCCUCCCACGCCCCCCUCUGCAGCCGGGCAGGCAGCCCCAGCCCCCCGGCCUGCCGCCCCUGGGGCCGCCCCCGCACCCUCUCCCUUGAUGCCAAGCUCAGCACCCUGAAGGGGCGGGGGUCCCGACGGGUGGGCCCCCCGUCGUGCCCCUCGCCCCCCGGCUCUGGGUCCUCCAGUAGCGGCAGCAGCAGCCCAGCUGCAGAGCACAACCCCCCUGUGCCCCCCAGUCCCCUUCAGUCCCGGGUCUGAGCCUGGGGACCUGCAGGACCCUGGGGGCAUGGGGGCCCCCGGCCUUCGGCGCCCAGCGUGGCUGUGGAGGGGUGACACUGGGGGAGGGGUCUUACCUGGGCAGGGGGCAGGGGCUCCCAGCUUCUUUUCUUGGGGAGAAACUGGAAUUUCUGCCGCAGGGGGGCCAACCCACCAUUGCAGGGUGGGCUCAGGGCUGAACCCCCAACAAACUGGGGGGGGGGCAUGUUACCCCUGUCCCGGGUGGGUGCUGGGGGCUGACCCCACCCCCUCUAUGGCAAGGUGGGUGCUCAGGGCAAACCCCCCACGUACAGUGGAUGUGUCUAACCCCAGGGGGGCACAGGGGCUCCCUCAGCUCUGCUUUCCCUCACCUCUAACCCUGGGGGCUGCCUGCCCCAGCCCCCCACUCCACACCUCCUGGGGGGGGCAGCGCCCCCCAGUAGGGACCAGCCCUGGCUUUCCUGGGCUGGGAACCCAAAGCUGCCACCUCCUUAAUAUGCAUUAAAAUUUAUUUAACAGCCA